AACUGUAUCGGGGCGAUGGAUGGCAAACAUGUUGCUAUUACAAAACCCCCUGGAACAGGAUCUUUCUACUUCAAUUAUAAAAAAUUCUUUUCAAUAGUUUUAAUGGCUGUCGUAAAUGCAAAUUACGAGUUUUUAAUGGUAGAUGUUGGCAAAAACGGACGCGCUUCAGAUGCUGGAAUUUUUAGGGAUUCACUUUUUCUGAUGAGUUUGAAGAACAACGAGCUCAAAAUACCGUCUAAAGAGUGUCCUCCAGGUUGCGAUACUGCAUUACCCUAUGUUUUUGUCGCAGAUGACGCGUUCCCUUUAACUGAAAAUAUAAUGAAGCCGUUCAGCCAUACUUCGAUGAUAAAAGAUGAAAUAAUAUUCAAUUACCGACUGUCACUUGCGCGGGGCGUAGUUGAAAAUACAUUUGGAAUUCUUUCAUCAAGAUUCAGAAUUUUGUUAAAAACUAUUAAUUUGUCAGCCGAAAAAACAACAAUCCCCACUUGUUGCCACUUACAUAAUUUUUUAAGAAAAAAAAAGACCAAGUAUACGCCAACAGUAAUCUUGCAGGUAUAA